GUAAGAUUCGCAUCGUGAGUUUUAUUUAAAAAUUAUAAACUCAAUUGUAUAUUCAACACUCAAUCAAAUAAAAACGACAAUGUCUCGUUUAUUUUUUUACUUUGUUAUUAUAUCAGCAGUUUUUGCAGCAGGUAUAAAUGCUCAAGGUGAUAUUCUAUGUGAGGAUGAGAAUGAAGUUCCAACAGAAUGUGGAAAAGCUUGUGAAUUAAUUUGCCCCGGAAAACCAAGACCAUGUCCUAAGAUUUGUGUUUCUGGAUGUGUUUGUAUAGAAGGCUAUGCAAGAACAGAUAAAAAUGGUUAUUGUGUACCCAUUUCUCGUUGCGGAAAAUCCGAAGCAUUUUAAUUAUCAAGUUUAACUAAGCUAAAUACACUUCAGUAAUCAAGAAAAAUAUUCUAUUUAUUGCAAAUAAAUAAAAAAAAACAAUAUUAAAAAUAAAUAUUUCCGUACAAAUUUUGUUCAACUAUUACAGUCAAUAAACAUGCAAUAAAAU